AGCAAAGAAGAACUAGAAACGAAUCCAUUUACACACUCUGGAGGGGGGCCUUGAACGACUCGUAUUCAUCCGUCAACGAAACGAACCAAGGAAAUAUAUUUAACCUUCCUAUCAACCUGAAGUCAAUUUUAGAGUAGCGUCAGGCCCCCUCCUAAAUAUUGACUGAAAAUAGUAGAUUUCUAGACUGAAUCAUGGCGGAUUCGAGCAACAGUGCUGCUUCGACUGGAGCUACAGGCUCGAAUACUGGUGCCGCCGGGGCUGUUGAGCCCGAGGGAGCUACUGGAGRUGCGGGGAUCAAGCCCGUUUUGGAGGUGGUAAAGGGGCAGAACUUUGACGUUGGCCCCCGCUAUGUCAACCUCUCGUACAUCGGGGAAGGGGCCUAUGGAAUGGUUUGCUCGGCCAAUGACGUCAUGACGGAUUCUCGCGUGGCCAUUAAGAAGAUCAGUCCAUUUGAGCAUCAGACGUACUGUCAGCGCACACUGAGGGAGAUCAAGAUCCUGCUGCGGUUCCGCCAUGAAAACAUCAUCGGCAUCAACGACAUCCUGAGGGCCCGCCGCAUUGAGUGCAUGAGGGACGUCUACAUAGUGCAGGACCUGAUGGAGACAGACCUGUACAAGCUCCUGAAGACCCAGAUGUUGAGCAACGACCACACCUGCUACUUCUUGUACCAGAUCCUGAGAGGCCUGAAGUACAUCCACUCUGCCAACGUGCUGCACCGUGACCUCAAGCCCUCCAACCUGCUCAUCAACACCACUUGCGACCUCAAGAUCUGUGACUUUGGGCUGGCACGGAUAGCUGACCCAGAGCAUGACCACACAGGCUUCRUGACAGAGUAUGUGGCUACGCGCUGGUACAGGGCUCCCGAGAUCAUGCUCAACUCCAAGGGCUACUCCAAGUCCAUUGAUAUCUGGUCAGUGGGCUGCAUCCUGGCUGAGAUGCUGUCCAACAGGCCCAUCUUCCCUGGGAAGCACUACCUMGACCAGCUCAACCACAUACUGGGGAUCCUGGGCUCUCCCACUCCGGACGACCUGAACUGCAUCAUCAACAUGAAGGCCAGGAACUACCUGCAGUCUCUGCCUGAGAAACCCAAGAUCCCCUGGAACAAGCUGUUCCCCAAGGCGGACAGCAAGGCUCUGGACCUGCUGGGCCGCAUGUUGACKUUUAACCCUAUCAAGCGCAUCACGGUAGAGGAGGCCCUGGCUCAUCCCUAUCUGGAGCAGUACUARGACCCCACUGAUGAGCCUGUAGCAGAGGAGCCGUUCACCUUCACCAUGGAGCUGGAUGACCUGCCUAAGGAGAAGCUGAAGGAGCUCAUCUUUGAGGAGACGUUCCGCUUCCAGGCCACCUACCAGGGCUCCUGAGACAUAGAGCUUUGAAGACGAGUGACAAAGCGAGUCUUGAAACCGUCUUGGAGUCUUGAAACAGGAAGACUCCAAACGACAAGAUACAAAAACAACAUAUAUACAGCAUACAAAAAAAGGACCAGAAACAUUUAACAGUUAGUAUUUUCUUAUAUAUAUAUUUUUAUUUCUAUCGCAGGGAAGUUGUGUUUUUUUGGUGGGGUGGACUGUUGUCUACUUAAAGGAAAGAUUCACCCAUUUUGAAUGUUAUUUUGUUUAUGUGCAUCUCAGCGACGUUCUAUUGAUUCCCGGGUUAUUUCAUGUGUAUCCUGAGCUAUUGCCAAUCAAACAGGCAGAAAUUCGGAUGGUAUGUCGUAGCAUUGUGAUAAAGCCGCUAUCACUACACUGUAAGUUAAUAGGAAUUUGACUGUUAGAUCGCAAAAACAUCUAUAAUACAUGUCAGAAUACUGGCUGAUGUCACACGGGAGGUUGUCUUCUCUCGAAUGAGCCAUUGAUCAUAUUUUUGUGAUUAUUCCUACCUCGAAAUGUGUAAUUAAACAGAGGGUCCACCACAUUUCUCCUAUUUGUCUGCUCUUUUUAGUUGAUGAUGCAUUUCAUGGUUCCAUUGCAUAUGUCAGACUCAGCUCUACGAGGCACAUCGAGCUGCAGGUUAAAUAUGGUGAGAUUGUAGACUCCUAAAUUGAUAGUGCUGUUUGUUUAGGCAAUUUUACAACUAACUAUUUUACAUGCUGAUAUUGACUCUGGUGUUAUUUUUGUGUAGCUACAUUUGCUAGCCAGCUUGCCUGCCAGCCCAGCCCGCCAGCCAGCCCAUAAAGAGAGCAUUGGAUUGUGGGUUUUGUUGUCGAAUUGAGCUGCAAUUGAUUUCCAUUUUCACAUGUUGCUACCAACCUUAUUAUAACAACAGAAUGAAACAUUUGUUCACAAAAAUAUUGUUCUUACAUUAGUGUUAUUUAACACUGUAAAUUAUAGGAAUGAGUGGUGUUGGGUGGAUGUUUUCUUUAAGUACUACUGUGCUCAUUUUAACCACCAUCAGGAUACUCUUCCCUCUUCUUUUACUGCUUUCUGCGAAGUGUGUACUGUUUAAAAAGCAAGAACUUAAUCUUAUUCUCCCGUCUUACCAACUCCAUUUACCACUCUUCCCUGUGAGCCUUUGUUCUUUUUCCCCCUCUGUAAAUCUGUGUUCUUUCUUUCCAUCUCUUUCUCACUAGUCACAGUAUAUGUUACUGUAUUAACCAACACCUUAACUGUCUGUCUUGCUCCAUGGAAUUAUUGUUUGAGAAAAAAAGAAAGAAAAUAUGGAUGGGUGCUGGUUAUAUGUGUACAUACAUGGUUUUGUUUGAGUGAUCUCGUGGCGGUUUGGUUUGUACACCGUUAUUUUAAUGUUUAUGAUCAGUCAGGAGUCYUAUUUGUAUGUUUUGAAGUUUAUAUUUGAGAAUAAUUUAACGUUUUUGGGGGGGACCACUGAUUUCUAGACAUUCUUUACUUGCAAAAACAAACAUUCUGUGUUUUACUGGCAUGUUGAAGUUUUAUAUUURGUUGUAUUUUCUUUAGAAAUGAUGUAUGUUGUUCAUCUAAAUGAACAUGCAUACAUUCUUGAAAUGUACAAAAGUGGCAAAGGGAGAGUGGGAUGGAGGCAUGGAGAGACGAGAAAUGGCUUGAAUCGUCUUUGUACUGUAACCCACAGCUGGCUUUCUCUAUCCACACUUAUAAAGAGGACGUCAGAGUUUUCAGAUAGAAAUACAUUACCUAGAACAGGCAUGAUUACCCCACAUCUUAGAAAUGCUGACGUGAUUCCCCUAUUCCCCUGUGCUAGUCUGACUCACUAACACCGAUCAGCGACAUGCCACAGACCCUCACCGGUCCUUAAAUGGAAGGUUAAGAAAAAAAACUCCAAUCUUUGUUGGAGAGGGGUACCUAUAGUAUGUUUCUCUUUGCCCAAAACCAAAUUCAAUUUGAAAUCAGCCUCCAUAUUAGAAAAUGUUAAGUUCUCUGCCUGUUUGCCAUUCCUCUCUCUCUCCUCCCUUCAUGUGUCUGGUAUCGUUUCAGGGAGGACAGUGAUCUGUAAAUAUUGUUCAUUUAUUUAGUUGUGGAGGGUGGCAGGCAGAAUCAGCAGAUAUACGGCUGACAUUUACUUUAAGCUUGUGUUAAACUGAUAAUGGUUACGGUGUCUAUGGUAAUUAGUGGCUGAUUUGCUCUUUGUUUUAUGGUGAUUGUUGCUCAGAGCUUAACGCAUCGCUGUCAGAUCUCCGAGUGUCACAUUUUCCACUCUCAUCUAACAGUGGACUGUGCCAUUUUGGCAUAGCACAUCCUCUGCCCCUCAGAAGCUAUAAGCCUCUUCAUUGGUAGAAGUGGCCCUACUUUCAGAUCUGGGAUCAGUUUAGCCUCUCCUAAUCCUUACAUUUAGUCAAUAGAGGAGGCGGAAAGUAAAUCUGAAGCCAUGGCUGUGUUCAGUACGUUCUGGAACGUUCAAUUGAACGGAAGCAAUGCUGUACUGAACGACCAGUUGAAAAACAGGGAUGGGUUGGGUAACGCUGUCAGCAUGGCUACUGCCCUUUUUUWAAAACGCUGUCAGUUAUGAGCAAACACACCUCAGUGUGUUCAAGAAUGUUUUUGGGAAACGUGUCGGUCAGUACAAACCGUUCCGCAAUGUAGCAAAUGUUAAAGCGAACUGAACGCACCUCUGAUCGAUCAGUGCAUAUGGGCAGGAUCAUCCAUUCCACACCCCUCAAUUACCAGCCAUGCUUUACUCAAAGGGCUUUACCCCUCAGGUCGCACCCACCUUACAUUUAUCUCGCUUCUGAUUGGCUGAGACCUCCCAAAUCACAUCCCAGGUUGCGCUGCCAUUCAUUUACUCAUUUCUUUUUCUCUUAUUUUCUCCUGUACAUUUUUUAUAUUUUUUUUGUUCCUCCCUCGAACUGAUUACUUUUCCCCCCCAUCAUGGCUAGAAAUUAAAGCAGAUCUGGUUUAAAGGGGAGGAGCAUUGCUUGAGUGACAUCUGUUCGUCAUGUUGGGGGAAGAGGGGUUACUUGSGUCAAUCAUCUCAAUCAGCGCACCUGCACUUUGCCACAGUAACCAAACUUUUUCCCCUAAUGUUUUUUUCUUUCUUGUUUUAGUCUCAUUGGCCUAUUCUUUUGCGCUUACUUAAAUGUAUUUUUCCUCCCUCUAAUCUGCUUGUUUUUCUGGGCAGAUUUUUCAUGGAAGCUCACUGGAGSACGUCACACUUUUUAUUGAGUGUGUGCGUGUCAAGUGUCUUAACACACAUUUGCAGUGUCCCACCCUGGUCCGCACUGUUUCAUUGUGUGUGUGUGUGUAUAGUCUGUCGUUGAAACACAGCAGACACUACUCCAAUCGGCAGGAUGUAUGCAUGUGUCUCUCUGCGUCUGUGUUUUAUCGUUUUGAAACGCACUCCAGAGGCUUUCCCCUUACUUGUAUCUGCAUGUUUGGAUUCUUGUGACUGUCUGUCGUUCUCUGACCAAAAGCUGCUUUACUAUCCCCCAACCCCUCUUUACCCCUCCCCCUCCCCACCAGCGACACGACCCAACUGACCGCCAGUCUCAUCGGAGGACCAUGCGAAUGAACCAACGGGACCAUGUUUGCAAUACGCAAUCACUCACUUUUUCACAGACACACGCAUACACACAUCCUUGCACACAACACACCACAUAUGUACACGCACACAYUACAUGAAUAAAACAUGCAUAUUCAGGCCGGUUUCUAAAUAAUGUCCUUUUUUAAAUGGCUGUUCUUAUUAUUGUUAUAGUGAUGAGUUGUUUUAUUUUUUUUUAAUACUAAGGGAGUUUUUUUUUAAAUUAAUGUUUUUAUUUCUCUUUUUUGUUUCUCUUACGGUUGUGCUAUAACUAGUAGUGUUUUCACAGAUAUGAGCUAUUGAGGGUUAUCGUCUAUGAGUAUUAUGAAUUAAACAAUUAUAUACAUAUAAUAAAUACAAUUCCUGAUACUGGUAAA